AUGGCAAAUAUAAUAGCGACAGAAAAUAAUGCCGUUAAUCGGCCACGUUUAUAUCGUUCUGAUGAUCAAUUAAAUCUACUUGAAUAUAUUGAUACAACAUUAAAUGAAUCAUUUUCAUUAAAUUUAACAUUAAUGAGAACAAUAUCAAAUGGAUAUGAUCAAUUUGGUAAUACAAUUCUUGAUCAAUAUUUACUUUAUUUAUUAUGUCAAAAAAUUAAUCCAAAUAGAACAAAUAAGUUAAUUAAUAAUUUAUAUCAUCUAUUACAUCGAUUAAUUAUUUUAAAUGGAAAAAUUUCGAAAAGUUUUUUUGAAUAUUCACCAUCAUCAAAUAAUCUAUCAAUUUAUCAAACUAUGUUUAAUAGUUAUACAAAUUUUAUUUGGAAUGAAUUUGAUAUAAAUGUUCUACUUGAACUUGGUCGUUUUUUAUUAAAAUAUUGUUUACGUGAUAUAUUUAAUACAAAUAUAGGAAAUAAUCGAACGCAUAAUAAUAAUUUAAUUCGACAAAAAAUUACUGGUUAUUUUCUUGAAAUUAUUGGAAUAUAUUAUCUUUCAUCAAAUCAUAAUGAUUUUUUUAAAAAUUCUCGAUCUGUUGAUAUGAUAUUUCCUUCUCCAUCACUUUAUUCAACAUUAUCUCAAAUUAAUCAAUCAGAUAAAAAUGAUGAAAAAGAAAUAUUUCAUAAAUUUCUUAAUGCACUUUAUGAUAAUGGUGAAAUUUAUUUUGAUAUACAUCAAAUAAAAAUUCUUUUAAAAAAUGAUGCUUAUCAAUUUUUAAAUAAAAAAUUAGAAAAUAAAAAAAUUGAUUUUAUAAAAUUUCUUGAAACAAAUAUUUUUUAUCGACAACGAAAUUCUUGUCGAACAUUAAAAUCUAUAUGUCGUUUAUCUAUUAAAAUGCAUAUUAAACAAUAUCCAAAUGAUAUUAAACAAUUAAAAUCAUUUCCAUUAAUAAAUGAUCAACUUCAAAUGUUUUUAAUUUAUGAAAAUAGAUUCGCUUUUGAAUCAUAG